GGUGCCGUCCCCGGCCAUGGGCGCCGAGCGGGAGGCGCAGGCCUGCGCUGAAUUCUACGGGGCUCUGGGUAUCGCCCAGCCGGUGCUCUCCUGCCUGCAGUGCCUGCGGCAGUUCGCCGGGAGUACUGCCAAGAGAUGCCGAGACAAGCACCUGGAGGAGGCUCUGCUGCUGUCACGGGCGCUGAGCGAGGGUCUGCAGGCGCUGGGUGAGGCAGAGGCACGGCCCCUGCUCCGCUGUGUCCUGGCUUUCCAGAUGGAGGCAACCAGCAACUCCAGCUCCUUCCAGAAACUGGAACAGAUCGUGACCCAGCUGGCGGUGGGGAAGGAAGCUGUGCUGGCCCAGGAGGUGGGCACGCUGCUGUCCGGUCUGAUGCCACAGGGAGAGGUGCUGUCUCCUGGGGACCUUCAGUCAGUGUGCCUGUUCAUGGAGGAGAGCAGCCUGGGCCGGCAGCACUGGCGACAGAACCUGGCCCUGCUGCUGCAGCGCCUGACCACCACCCUGCGCUGGGUGCUGCGGAGCCAGCCUGCGCCCAGCACCACAUGGGGCUACCUGGUCAUCAAGGCCUGCCUCCAGCUCUUCCAGGCGCUGCCGAAGGAUGUGGCCCCCCUGGUGUGGAGCGCAGAGAAAAAGAGCCAGACCCUGCAAAGCCUCUUGGGGCUGCUGCUGGAGGUGGUGUGGGGGAAGGCCCUGAACAAGGACACGAGGCUGCUGGUGGGCACAGCCCUGAGCAUGCUGGUGAACAUGGCCCCCCAGCCUGAGCAUGGGGCCAGUGCCGUGCUGGGCCUCUUCCAGCUCCCCAAGCAAGGCACGAGGGAGCUGAAGUUCGGGGAGCUGGCAGUGGAGACCCCCACGGUCCUGGAGCCAGAUGGGCUGGAGAAGCUGGUGCUCACCAGAGGUUUGCUGACGUGCUGCAAGCUGGACAUCCUCAGCUGCCAGCUGGAGAGCUUCACACACAAGGCAUGCCUGCUGCUGGACGUGAUCUUUCCCACUCUGUGUGCCCUGACCAAGGAGCAGAAGGACUGCCACUACUACUGCUUCCAAGCCUGUGCCCUGUGGCUGCAGCGCCUGCGGGAUACUCUGCCUGCUCUCUGGUCCCUGAAGGGGACCCGCAUCUUGGCCCAGGACACCGAGCUCCUCCAGCAGCUCCUCCAGCUGGUGUGGAACAAUGCUGAGACCCCGGUGGAAGGGGUGUCCGAGUUCAUCCACAGCUCCUUCCAACUGCUCCUGGAGAUCUACUACCUUGAGUGCCAGCACUUUCAGGAUCAGGAGAGACCCCUCUACCAACAGAUGCUGCAGAGGGUGGUCUCAAUGCCAUGGCAAAUCAAAGCCAGAUAUGUGCCCCUCUGUGCCAUUGUCCCCUAUGUGGGCAGCCAGCAGGUGCUGGACACCUACCGGGACCUGCCGCAGCACCUCUUGAGCUGCCUCUCCACCAACCACCUGUGUCCUGCAGCCGCCGAGGUCUACAGAGCCCUGGUGCGGCAGCAGUGUGUGGAGCAGCGGGGCUCGGCGGAGGCUGCGGCGGAGCGGUGGGCGCUGCGCUGGCUGCCCCUGCUCUCCCAGGCGCUCUGCUCCCCCCUGCCCAUCCUGCAGAACAACGCCGCCAAUUACCUGCUGGCCUGGACCCUGCGGCAGCUCCCGGCCACGCAGGCACCUCUGGCCGCCCGGUUCCGUGGCCAGGACACGGCGUCGCUCCGGGCUUGGGUCUCCCUGCUGAAGGCACAGAAGAGCGUGGCGGGGGCGCUGCCGCUGCAUGGCGAGGCGCUGGAGCGGCUCUGCUGCUGCCUGGGGGCCCGCGAGGAGGGCGUGCGGCUGGCGGCCAUGGGGCUGCUCUGCUGCAGCCCCAGCACCAACCAGCCCCUCUCGGGCACCGAGGUGCGGCUGCUGCGGCAGUUCCUGCCCCUCAACCUCAACUGCGACUCCUCCUCGUUCCGGCAGCUGCUGCAGGCAGCGGUGAAGAAGGCGCUGGUGCGGCUGCGGGACAGCUCCCUGGCCCAGCUGCGGGGGAAGGAUCCCCAAGGCACCGACCCCAGCGAGGGACAGGGGCAGCUUGCACAGGCAGUAGGCUUUGUGGAGUGGCUGCUGCAGCUCAGCAUCACCUCGCUCAGCCCAGGCUCCAACUUCCAAAGGAAGAAGACAGGUCUGCUGCUCCUGUCCGCUGUGUUGGAGACCUGCACAAACACCUGGAGCCCCGACAAGAAGAAAGGGCAGCCCCCACGGACCAUGGCCACGCUACUGAGCUACGCCAGGCAGAGCGGCUGCUGGGACUUUUUCUCCCAGCCCAAUUUGUUGGCACUGCUGAGCUGCUUGCAGGACAGCACCAAUGAGAUCAGAGACUUGGCCUCAGAGCUGCUCGUGCGCUACUUCCCCCCUACGUUCCCCGAGCCCAUCGCCCUGGCUCUCUUCCAGCUGGCCCAGAACACCCUGGGCAGCCCCAGAGUGCAGGAGGCUGAAGCCGGAGCUGUGCUGAUGAAGACCAUCCUGCAGAAGUCGGACAGUGGCACCAUGAAGAGCCUGGCCCUGGAGGCUGAAGCACCCCUGACUCUGCCCAACCGAGGCCUGUGCUUUGCUCAGCACCUUCUGCACAUGCUGCAAGCCCAGUACGCUGCGGCGCGCCAGGACCUGCUGCAGGCAGCAGCCAGCACACCAAUGCACGGAGCCAUCGCAGCCCUGCGGAGGUGCCUGCUCCAGGUGCCGGAGGUGGCUGCCUCCAUGCGGGCAGCAGAACUGGCGCAGAGCUGGCAGGAGCUGCUCACCGGCCUCGUGACCACGGCCAGGGACAUCACCUCCUUCCUCCUGGGAGCUCUGCAGAGCCAGCAGGGCCCUGGUGCUGAUGAGCAAGCUGCUGCCCCAUCGUUUGCAGACAUGGGGAAUGCCAUUGGCUCCCUCAUCAUGCUGGGCAAAGGUGGCGUACAGGAGGAAGAGGAGGACUCAGUCUUGCUGUCAGAGGAACACAGCCUGAUCCUGACCUGCUGCUGGGUGUCAGUGAAGGAGAUAGGGCUGCUCCUGGGGGGCCUGGCCGAGCUGCUGCUGGCACCAGGGCUGCCAGCUGGAUCAGGGCCCCUGCUGCCACUGCCCACCCUGCAGAUGGCUGCAAGGGUGUUCCGGGAAAUCCUGCUGCGGUGCCGGCACUGGGGAGCAGUGGAGGGCUGCAGCACUGGCUUCAUCAAAUUCUGUGCCGCUCUGCUGAACCACCCGGAUGUGGAGCUGCAGGCCAUCCCGCAGACCAUGCUGGAGCAGGGCUUAGAAGCACUGAGCGGACCCCGGAGCAGCUCAAUCACACGCCGUGCUGCCGGCUUCCCUGUGCUCUUCCUCUGCAUCGUCAGCGGGGAGGCCCCGGCGCAGGCACGGCCGCUGCUGACCCACUGUGUCCAGACACUGCUGGCCUUGGCCAACACAGCCCUGCCGAAGGACUGGGACCAGACCCUCGACCUCCCACAGGUGUGUGCCCUCCAUGUGCUGCAGACACUGGUCCAUGGCACGGGGCUGGGCAGCGCGCUGCUGUGGCACACCACGCCGAUGGUGGCUCUGUCACUGCGGGGCCUGGGCUCGCCCUGCUGGGCCAUGAGGAACGCGGCCAUCCAGCUCUUCAGCGCCCUCACAUCCCGGCUGCUGGGCCAGCAGCGGAGCCGUGGGGAGAGCUGCCCAAUGGAGGGGCUGAGCCUGCAGGCGUUCCUGGGGCAGCACCCGCAGCUGGGGGCUGUGCUGCUGGGAGAGCUGGGGGCAGCUGAAGGGCACAUGGCAGCGGGGCCCUGCCUGCACCCUGCACUCCAUGCAGUCCUCACCUUCCUGGCCCAGCUGCAGCCUGGUGCUGAUGGCCCUGGCAGCCCCUCUGAUGGCUUCCUGGAGCCACUGCUGGGGCUGGCAGGGAGCCCUAUCUACGCUGUGCGAGCGAUGGCUGCCAAGGCACUGGUGCCUGUCAUCCCACUGCCCCGGCGCCCUGGGUUCCUCCUGCAGCUGGCCCAGCAGCUCCCCACAACAGCCGAACAGAUCCGCUCGCACAACGCUGUCCAUGGGCGCCUGCUGCAGAUGCAGGCACUGCUGGCGCCCACUGCAGGCACCGAUGGGCUGUCACCCGAGGAGCUGCACCCCGUGGCUCUGCAGCUGGAGGCACGUGUUUGGCUGCUCACACCUGCCCAGCGAUGCCCACUCAUCCGUGAUGCCUUCCUCCGGGUCCUCACCCUCCUGCCUGCAUCCUUCAGCCCUGGCUUGGCCCAGAGCAUCCAUGAUGCCAUCAGCACCGAGCUGGGCAGCCUUCCGCCGGGAGGCAAGGCGGGAUGUGUCGAGCUGCAGGUGGGCCUGGCCGUACUUCACCAAACGAUGGCCCGCUUCAUGUGCAGUGAGGCAGCCAGGCUGAUGGAUGGCAAGAGGAUUGGUGCUGUCUGCACUCUUGUCCAGCAGUCAAAUCCUGAUGUCCAGCUUGCCAUCCUGUGCUGGGUGAUUGCCAGGAAGGAGAGAACUUGUGAGGAGCUGGAGAAGGCUCUCGGGCUAACAUUGCUGGAGAGCUUGCAGUCGGUGCUGCAAGAGAGAAGGGACAGAGAGUUCCUGAGAUUGUACCUUGAGGCUUUGCUGCAUCUUUACAGAGACCCCUCCUCGUGGUCCCAGGAAGCUUCCCAUAAGCUCCAGGGCUCCUCAGCAGCAUGCCUGGAGAUGUUACUGCACAUGGUAGAAGCUGAGUGUCCUGGCCCCGACCUCCUCUCCCAGGCGCUGUGUGUUGCCAGUCUGCUUCUCUCCCACCGGUUUGGGGAUGAGGACAGUGCUCUGGUCCAGCGAUGGUGCACGGCCCUGGAGGAGUGCAGCCGCUCUGCUGCGUGCGAGGAGCUGCGGCUGGCGGCUGCCCGCUCACUGCAGACAGCGGCUGCUGCCGUGGUGCAGAGAUCCCUGCGUGCUGCCUGUCCUGUGCUUGUCCCCGUGGCUCUGCGGCUGAUAAAUGUGGGCAUUCACCUUCUGCAAGACGAGGAGCGGGAGGUCCGGCAGGAGGCAGCAGGUUUUGCCAGCCUCCUGCAGCAGGACCCUGGGGAGCUGAUCCAUGCCAACUGCGUCUUUGUUCAGGACAACGUGGGGCUCCAGGGCCUCCUGCAGCUCCUCCUGGAAGAGUUUGGGGAGCACCCUGCAACCUUGGACAUGCUGCUGCAGCACCUCCCUGUCCUGGAUCUCAGGGGCAUCGUGAAGGAGCUGGAGGCCAACAAAGCCAUCAGCCUGUACAAAGAGGAUGAACCCAAUGUUUUUGCAGAGCCAGCUGUCCUGGCACGGCAGCUGCUCCCCAUCCUGCUGCAGCUCCUGGAGAAGGCAUCCACCAGCAUUGCACUCCGUGCCUCAGCUCUGCACUGGUUGACAGCCACAGGCCCCGGUGUCCUGCACGACCUGCAGUACUGCAAGCAGCACUGGAGCCAAGAAGCUGCUGUCCGCUGUGGGAUGAAGGCACUGGGCUGUGCCAAGCUGCACACAGCUGUGGCCGUGCUGCUGGUGAGGGCCCGGCUGGUGGCACAGGCGCUGCAGGUGCUGGGGGAAGAUGCCACCACCGUGCCAGGGCUGGGCUGUGGCACCCAGGAGCUGGAGCAGGAGCUGGAGCUGGUGCAGGGGCUGCUGGUGCAGCACGGGCUGGCCCCUGUGCCCAGCCAGGGCAAUGCACUGGGGGAGCCAGGACCACCCUCCGGGGCUGCCUAAGAGCUCCAGGCACAGAGCAGCAUCACACCGAGCCCCCAGCCACAUCCCUCCAUUUGCUCGAUGCUCUGUGGCCACCAGCCAGGACUGCAGGUUCGGUGGUGUAACUCAGGGGAACCCCACUCCCUGUGCGGGACACACUCACUUUGUUCCCAGUGUUUUCUAACUCCACCCCAAGGACGCCAGUGCAGCGUCACCUUCGCCUGUGCCUGUGCUCUUGCUUGUGGCAUUCCUGCCCUCAGGUGUGGCUGGGAGGAGGGGACAUGCUCCCUGGAGCUGUGCCCCAUCUUGUGCUGCUUGACUCCCAGCACCUGUUUUUUUAACCAGUGGUUUAGCUCAUGGUCGACCUGGGCUUUUAUCCCAAAUAAAGAGGCCAAGAGCAUCCCCAUUGAAGCCUUAUGGUUUCCCUGCUCGGGAGGGGCAGGUGGAGAGGGGGAGGCAGCGGGAGCUGUGUGCAUCCUGGAGCAGCAAACAGGCAGCAGCUCCCAACCGCAGCUGGGGGGGUUCAAACCCCAAGUCCCAGAGUACACAG